GACCACGUGUAAAUUUUGUUUAAAUCCACAGGUGACUGUUUCCAUUCUGGCAAUCCAGACGACGACGUUGAGACUAUGGUGCGAGGUUUUGUAUCUUGCAUGAAUGAAAAAAAAGUGCAGAAAAUUUGGGGAGGGAAACGCUUGUGAUGUGGUAAAAAAACGAGUUGGCAAGAGACUAACUUGAUUUAUUUAAUUUUUGCAACAUCAUAUUGGAGGUUAUUUUCUGAAAGCCUCACAAUGCCACGAUGUUUAUUUGGAAGGAAUGAUAACGAGGAUAUUUCAGGUCGAUCAAUGACAGAGUUUCUUGAAGGCGGUCGACGAAACAAAUGAGGGCUUUCGUUGUGAUCACUUUUUUGUUGACACACAUCAAAUUUUCAAUCUUUGCCAGGGUCUUCCAAUAACCUUCACUCCAAAACGUUGAAGAGUUACAAAUUUCCAAGUGUUGGAUUUGCCCUAUUUACAAAUGCAGAGUAUCAAAUUAGGGGUGAAAGCUGUCAAAAAGCUUUCAGCUCCUUCAAGCCAAAGAUAAUUGAGAGGCGACGAGGUUUUCGCGGCUUGGGAGAGAAAUUAUUCCGCAGUAAAAUGUCUGAUUUCACGUUACCAGAAUUUUUCGUAAUCUGUGGCAGUGCAAUCCUCACAACUUUCCUCAUCUUCGAAAUAUUCGAAUGGACAAAAAACUUUGGAUCCUUUGAAAGUAAAAAAUCGAUGAGCACUUUCGGCACUCCUAGUGCCUGGAAAUGUCUGUACUCUGAGCAUCGAUACGGAGAAGAAGAAUCCUCCGUUAAUAUCAAAACUUCUUUGGCUGUCGUGGUACAAUCUUCCGAGCCCCUCAAAUGGAACGGUUACUCAUCGAAACCGGUCAUCGUGACCAUGGCCAACGACGGAAAUACAGUUACAGUAAGUGGUUUUUGGACACCUGACCUCCGACCGAACAUUACGGGUGGUCCUUUGAGCGAAGUUUACGACUUUCACUCAAUGAUAUUUCACUGGGGUCCAACCGAUAAAGACGGAAGUGAACAUUCCUUGGAUGACGUAACUUAUCCCCUGGAACUGCAAAUGAUUCAUAUGAAGCACAAUUUCCAUUCGCCUUUCGACGCAAUCGUCCUCGGUGAAAAACAUGGCGUUGCGAUCGUGUCAAUUUUAUUUCAGAUUUCAGAAGCCGACAACAAAUUUUUGGAUCACGUGGUCAACAAUCUUUGUCGCAUACCCUCACCAGGAUCCAAAGUUUGUGUAGCGCCCUUCGCCCUCUCCGGAUUCUUUCCCCUAUUCGAAAAACAUUAUUAUUCCUACUCCGGCUCCAUGGCUCAAGAAAGCUCUAACGAACUCGUGACUUGGAUCGUACAACCGGAGCCAGUCAACGUGUCACCGUCCCAAAUGAAGAAAUUUCGAAGUGUUCAGCUGACCGAGGUUCCUGCGGUUCUGGAUGGAAAACUGUUCGAGCGUCAGAACGAACGCGAUCUUUACUAUCAAGAUUGAAAAACACUUUUGUCCGUUUUCUCAAAUUUUUACGUUACACACGUUGUACAACAUUUAUUUAUUUCUCGCCACCAAAUAAUACAUGUGUGGGAAUGCCUGGGUCCCCGGUUCUCAUCCAGCCGGCCACUCACAAAUCGUACAUUCAUCGAACACUAUGUACACAUAUUUAUAAAUAUAUAAUAUAUCUAUUUGUACCAUGAAUAAUAGUGUGGUACAUCAACAGUGAAUAAUAAAAAAACGUCACGAUUGUCUAAAAAAUGAAAGAGCAUAGAAAAAAUAUGGUGCCAAUAUGACGUCGUAAUAGGAAAUUGUAUUAAAAAUAAUCUCAUCUCCA